AAGAGAAAUCUGCAUAGGGUGGCAACAAUUUCCAAGCCUGGACAAUCUUUUCAAUGCUUUUGACUCCCCACCUUUCACUAAGGCUACUCCAAAUCUCACACGUCGCAUAACAAGACUACCUCUCUUCCCACAAUUCAUUUCUCCAAAACCAUGCAUUCAUAUCAUCUCUGAGCACGCCAUUAAGUUUACACCAGGCUUAGGACAAAUCUACUUUACAUCCACGACAGAAUACAGAGAUGCGUCUGUGAUCCCACCGUCUGGUAACUCAAAAAGAAAAAAAAGCAAUAUAUUCUAACAAUCUUGCGUAAAUUAUGGCAUACUUUGCCCGAAUAUUUUGGGGACUUUCCUCUGUGGUAAAGGUGGUGCCAUCAGACUAACAACCAACUUUGUCAUAUUCUUUGUUUGGUAUCGAUUUGCUUUACAUUGUUAUUCAUUUAUGAUACCAGGAAUCUGUAUGUGCUUCUUCAUCAGUCAUUUUCUUUUGUAAAUCGGUUUGUUCUCAGGCUUUUCUGUUUAGAAUACCAGCACAAGUUUACAGUUUCAAUCUCUAUUGCAUGCAAUAAACUGGUUUACAAGUAGCAGCUAUGGAUGUAGAAGACAGCCAAUAUGGAAGAAUGCAUGAAGCUAUUAGUUCUGAUGAUGGACAUGCCAGAUCAGGAAAUGUAUGGACAGCAGCAUCUCAUGUUAUCACAGCAGUAAUAGGGGCAGGAGUUCUGUCUUUGCCAUGGAGUGUGGCUCAGCUUGGUUGGAUUAUGGGAGCAAUAAUACUUCUUGCUUUUGGUGCUGUGACAACAUAUACUUCUCUUCUGCUUGCAGACUGUUAUAGGUCACCUGAUCGUGUCAAUGGAAAACGCAACUAUAAGUACUCAAAUGCAGUGAAGAACAUUUUAGGUGGCAGAAAUGUUAUAUUAUGCAAGAUUGCUCAGUAUGCUAAUCUGUGUGGAGCCCUGGUUGGAUACACACUAACUUCAGCUAUCAGCAUGAUGGCAAUAAAAAAGGCAGGAUGUUUUCACAAAGAGGGGCAUGCCACCUCUUGCCGUGUAUCUGGCAACAUGUUCAUAAUCAUAUUUGGAGCACUUGAGUUGAUUCUAUCUCUGCUUCCAAGCUUGGAGAAGAUUUCAUGGCUUUCAAUUAUUGCAGCAAUUAUGUCUUUUGCAUACUCUUCAAUUGGGUUAGCUCUUAGCAUAAGUAAAGCUGCAGGAAAGAAGCAUCCUUCUGGAAGCUUAACAGGAGUACCCAUUGGUGGUCGUGUUACAAAAGCCCAGAAGACAUGGUAUGUCUUCCAAGCAUUGGGAAACAUUGCACUUUCAUACACGUUUGCGAUGGUUCUGAUAGAAAUCCAGGACACCAUCAAAUCUCCUCCUCCAGAGAACAAAAUCAUGAAAAAAGCAAUAAUGAUGGGCAUGACAGUUACAACUCUUUUUUACAUGUCCAUAGGCCUAGUUGGGUAUGCAGCUUUUGGCAACGAUGCACCUGGAAAUAUGCUCACUGGGUUUGGUUUCUACGAGCCAUUCUGGUUGAUUGACAUAGGCAAUCUCUGCAUUGUUAUUCACCUUGUGGGAGCUUAUCAGGUGUUCUCUCAGCCUGUAUUUGCAAUCAUUGAGGAAUGGGCAUCUCAUAAGUGGAAAAGACAUGGCCUUGUACACACCGUACACAGCAUAAGGAUUCCAUUCUGUGGAUCCAUAAGCUUUACUAUAUUCUCUCUAUUAGUGAGAAGUUUAGUCGUGGUGUCAACAACAGUGCUUGCCAUGCUUUUGCCUUUCUUCAAUGCGUUGAUGGGGUUUAUAGGUGCUGUCUCAUUCUGGCCACUGACUGUGUACCUUCCAAUUCAAAUGUAUCUGACACAAACCAAUGUGCAAAAAUGGAGUUCAAAAUGGGUACUCAAUCAAUCUCUCAGCUUAAUUUGCUUUCUUAUUACAGUGGCUGGUAUUGUGGGCGCAAUCGCAGGAAUAUCUCAGGACCUCAGACAUGUAACUAUCUUUGACAUGAAAUAUUAGAGAAUCUUGCCUGGCUUGCACCCUUAGAUACUUAUGCUGUACUAAGUCAAUCUUUCAGUUCUCACCUCAAAAGUGGUUUGGAAUCUGGAUGAGUCAAUUUCAAGCUGUUAUAGAGGAUGCACAUUAAAAACUUUUCUCAUUCAAAUUGAUACUCUCCAUGUUUUAGGAAAUUUUUUUCUCAAAUGCGAUGGUCGUAAAAAGUUAACAUUCA